UUGUAUUGUAUUGUAAACGCGUUUCGCGAGCCGUCUCGCCACCGUAGUGGGUCAACUUCCGCAUGCGUCGGGUUAUCUCUCGUACUCUUCGAUUCUCUCAUCUCUCGGCCAGAGUCCGUCAAGCGGUGUGUGUGCAAUUAGCGCCUCUGUCCACCCUGCACGAUCAUGGGCGCAGAGACGUAGGAGGUAGAGAUCUGGUGCACGCUGAAGUCGGUGACCGGCAGAGAGUGUCUGGAGGUCGGCAUCAAGGACCAUCGGGAGCGUAUCAUUGGUACUAUCACUAUUACUAGACCAAUAGUAAAUGAAGACGCUGCAUAGUGUGUGGUGAUCUGCUUGUAGGGAGCCUAUAUCUCCCCACUCUACCUCUGCCUGGAAUCAAUUGCAUGAGGCCAUUUACGUCUGCGCACUGACAAAUCUAUUCGUCCGUGCUUGGGCUGGCUUCAAAAAAGUCGCGUCCCUUUGAGUGCAACGGUCGCUCAUACCCUCCUUUCAGCACCAUGAACGUCAGAUUAAAGCGGUGCACGCCGCGCGUGUACUCGAUCGCGCUGCUGCUGUCGCUCGGCCUCAUCGCAGUCUACCUGGACUCGAAACUCGCGUGGAGCACGCUUCCGUCACCCAAGCACGUGUUCCGCAGCUUCGGUCAAGCCGCACAUAAUGAACCUCAUCACGUCGACAGCAUCAAGCUGCAAUUAGCGCAAACGCUAAACAAUAUCGCACAGAACACGUCACAGCCUCGGGGAAUUGUCAUCCCAGUCUACGAACCGAUUGUCAAGCUCGCAGCGUCGUUGAUUCUAGAGCUACGAACCAUGGGCGUAGACGCACCAGUGGAAAUGCCAUACUGCGGAGAUGUAUCAAUUGAAUCGCAGACGCUGUUCAUGCAAAAGUCAGCACUAGGAUCUAUCAGAUAUUACGACGUCUGCGAGCUGGCUGCAGCUGCGGCUAUUGAGGGAAACUCUACGAAAAAAUUGUUUUGCGAUAACAUCGAGGCGUGUUAUACCAAGUUCCGAUCUUUCGAUAUUAAGGUCAUCUCAGUCGUAUUCUCCAACUUCGAGGAGAUCAUGAUGAUCGACGCUGACACAGGGUUCUUUGUAAGUCCAGCGGUGUUGUGGGGAUCGGAGAAAUACAAGGCCACGGGCACGUUGCUCAUGAACGACCGCACCGCACACGAAAUCUACUUCAUGGCCGAACGCGUCGGUGGGUCUGGGAAUAUUUCGUUUCAGCAUCGAUACAUGUCGAAAUUUGAUCCUGCGCCGUUCCGCUCCAUCCCCACACUGGAGCGUGAUAAGGCUACACUUCCGAACCCUGUUCCGGUCAAACUGAAGUUCGGACCUAGCGACUAUUUACUCACCAGCCACUCGUGGAAUCUUCGUACUGGUCAUCAAGUAGAUUCUUCCAUCUUGUUCUGGAACAAGAAGAAACAACCACGAGCUACUGCAAUUUUAGGAUCUUUUAAGGCUCUCGGUGAUAUUGGAUCGCCUCCGUCUUACGGUGACAAGGAACUGUAUUUCUACGCCGCAGAACUGGCAGAGACACAGUACUCUUUCUCGGAUCACGCUAUUGGAGCUGUCGGCACGGACUACCGCGACCACGGCGAGAAGAACUCGACUCUUUGCGGCGAUAUGGCUCAGGUUUUUCCUAUUAAACAAGCGAGUGAGGACGACGUGCCGUUGUUCUACCUGAACAGCGACCGAGUAUUGCAUUUCAAGCCGGAGGUUGAACCCGUUUACUAUAUGAAGGCUCGCAUGGCAGAUGUCUACCUUGGAGCAUUUGGUGAACGUCGAAUGGAAUGUCCGUUCCAGAUGACGGGAGCCCGGUUUUCCGAUGCUGAAGCAAGGCACCUCACAGGUCGCCAGCGGUUGCAUGAACUUGUGAUCAUGUGGGAGAACAUCGCCCAGGAUAAUACAAAUGACCCACAGACUAAAGAAACUAGAAAUGUUGCUGCUGACGGAAUGGUAGACGAGAAGAUGCACGAAAUGAGAGAAGCGUAUCGACAAGUUAUCAUCCCAAACGUGUAAACCGAGCAAAAUAGAGAUAAAACAACGCAUUAUUCUGACA